AUGGAGGCGCCCUCGGGCUGCACCAUCGCCCAGAAGGGGAGUCAGGGGCAGCACAGGCCCCCGAGCUGCAGCAACCACAAAGUGCGACGACAGGGAAGCGCCGAGCCGCGGCGCGAACUGCGCGCUCUCUCCAGACUCGCCACCCGCCAGCGGCUGCAGCAACCGGAACCGGAACUCGGCGCGGCCACCACCACUGAGCGCGGCGGGGAGGGGGAGCAAGGACCGGACAAGACGCUACGCCUGAAAACAGGCGGCGGGCGAGGGGCGAGGCUUACCACGGCACCACGCGAGUGGAAAGGGUCGUCUCCGCUAGCGACGACCCACACCAGCUCACCGAAGGGCGGCGGCGCGCGGUCCGGCUGCCGGGCCGUACCAUCCCGGGCGGUGGAGCCGCCGCGGAGGGGCGCGCGCGAGCAGAGGGCGCACUCGGGAGGCCCGGCUCCCGCCUCGACCCACCCGGAGCCAGCCCCUUCUGCGGACACGACAUCCCCAUGGGGACGGUGGCGCGAAACGCCCCACUCUGCCGCGCCCAAACUCUGCAGACCCCCAGCUUCCUUCGGCGGCCACGACCUCCCGCCUCCCCCGUCCGCCGCUGAGUGCCCGCGGCGUACACAAUAGGCUUCCCAGAAGGGUUAAGACGGAGAGGUAGAAGAAAUACGGACUUUAAUGAAGAGUUUUCCCUUUGGUAUAAGUGAGACCCGUGGAAACAUCCAAACAACAGCAAAAGGAGGCCAGGAUGAAAACGGUCAACUCUCCCUUAUCCACAAGGCUAAAAGAGGGGGGCCAGCUUGCUGUGGUGUGGCCACCCCGGGCCUAGGCUGGGCCGGGCCUGUAGAAGGUACUCAGGAACUGCAGGUUUUGCGUUUCCCCUCCAUGAAACUGACAGGCAUUCGGGCUGACUUCUGCCUCUCAGUCUCGCGGUAAGAGACACACGUUUUUCUAGUCCUAGAUGAAAAUAAAUUUCAUCUGCCUCAGGUCUCGGGUAUAAAA